AAGAGACAAGACCAGAGUAGUUUGGAACAGAGGCCAAGAAGGGAUCGAGAGGGCUGUGCUGCAGGAAUGACCCUAAUGAUGCUCUGGUCUGGACAGGCGAAGGGAGUCCUGGGAAGCUGGGGGAUCAUCUGCUUGGUGAUAUCUCUGCUCCUCCAGCAGCCAGGAGUCCACAGCAAGUGCUACUUUCAAGCUCAAGCCCCCUGCCACUAUGAAGGGAAAUAUUUUAGCCUCGGUGAGUCUUGGCUCCGCAAGGACUGUUUCCAUUGUACCUGUCUGCAUCCCGUCGGUGUGGGCUGCUGUGACACGUCUCAGCAUCCCAUCGACUUCCCCGCGGGGUGUGAGGUACGUCAGGAGGCAGGAACCUGUCAAUUCUCCCUGGUGCAAAAAUCUGACCCUCGGCUGCCCUGCAAAGGGGGAGGGCCUGACCCCGAAUGGGGCUCAGCCAACACCCCUGCCCCUGGGGCCCCUGCUCCCCACUCCAACUAAACUCAACCGAUCACCCUUCCGCUAACUGCCCACUGCUGCUGCCACUUCCAAGGAAACCACUAGCAGCUGCCAAUUUAUUCUGAAUAAAUAAAU